GUUCGGUGUGUUUUUGGUUUACUCGUUUGUUCUUACUGUAUUUGGUGCUUGAAUUCACAUUGUGCUUGUGCGAUUUGGAUAAAGACUAAAGCCUCAUGUUCUUAGUGCAUACGCGUACAUUUGCUUAAUCGGUAUUAUUGUUAAGACCUUGAUCUCAUCGUAUCACUAGCGAUUUCGUCACGGAAUUCCGUGGACAGAUUCGGUGGUUCUUUUUUCCUCAUCGCUACAUUCAGAUAAAUCUGUUGAACUGCCCUUAGUCACACGUGAGUUUUUUUGAUGGGAAAGAUCUCACUAUUUUCAAGAAAACCUUUUAAAAAAAAUCUGGAGGAACAUGACUAAAGUGCGAUAAUUGAAAUUAUUUGAGCUUUUAUAGUGACGAAGAAUCUUCAGAGCAGUCUAGUUUAAGGCAGAUAGAACUAGAUCAGUACAAUUAAACGCAUUUUAUUUGGAACUUGUAAUAAGUGAAAAAUAAAGUACAAAUAGAUCAUCCUUUCGUAUAAAUUUCACGCCAAAUAUACAAGUUGCUGUAUAAUAGUUUAUAUAAACGGGUAGAAUCUUCGAAUUAGAUCAAUCUUUGCCAAGAAUAUGUCUCACUGUGAAUUUAUAUAUUUCUGAUCCUAAAUACACGACAUAAACAUAGUCCAGUAUUGUAGAUCUAAUUGUUGAAGAAAUAAUAAUUUAGUCAUUCAUCUACGAAGGACUUUUAAGAUGGACGGAUGCUUCUACUUUACUUCUAAAUAUACGAAAUCAGCAUAUAUGAUAUACAUUACAUCCUCUUCUGACUAGACCUAUGAUUCCUGAAAAAUCCUUUCAUGUAUUUCGCACAGUCUGUGUAUGGCCAACAAUCAAUGGUUUGUUCAACUAAUAGUGAGUUAUUUUGGAUGACUCCUCAGAGUUAUACUUGUGUGAUGGAAAGCCUAUGUCAGUUAUUUUAUUUAGUUUGUAUGGAUUCACCUUUUAAAUUGUUAGCGAUUAGUUCAGUAUUUGUGUGAUUGCCGCAGAUGAUCGAUUUAGUGGCUUGUUAGUCUAUCAGAUGAUAACCUGUUCCUGAUGACUAGUUAUCAUAUGAAAUUUUUUACCUGGCAAAUACAUAUUACACCAAAGGAACAGCAAACACUUCCUCUUAAAUUAAGAAAAACUUCUGUUUACUCUUUAUGAGCUAUUUGAAAGUGCCUAACACAGCCUAUUACUACUGUUAAACUCUAUCUGGUCCCACUAUGGAUGGGUCAUUAGGUGGAACAAGUUUUUUUAGUAAGUGAUAAUAUCCUCAAAAAGACUUACUAUUUAGAAGCUUCGACGUGUUUCUUUAUGUAUCAUUAUGACAUGGUUUUCAUUCAAAUAUUUUACUAGUAACCUAUUUGAACAGUACAAAUAGCAGUUGUGUUAAGUCAAGAAUAAAUCUAGAAGUGAAGUGUAUUAUUACUCGAUUAUGGUAAUCACAACUUCGUGGUUAUAAUGCUUGAAUCGCUUGGGCUAAACGGAUAACAUCAGCCUUAAAGCUUUUCAAACCUAGAUGGCAAUGUCACUCAUUUAUCAACUACAGAUUCGUGUACUCGGCAUUGAGCCAUACUUUACUUUUAAGGGAUAGUGGUACUACCUGGCUAUUUAAACAGUAGCUUACGUCGUGCUUCUCAAAUUGUUUGAAAUCUGAGAGGAAGUGACUCUUGAUGGGCAGGGCACUUUUUGUUAUAGCCGAAAAUGUGUUGAUAUUAUCUUCAUCCCCCACAGCAAAUUUUAGAACACCUCCACACUUGUUGCAGGCCAACAAACGUUGUUUCUCGAUAUAAAGACUUCCUUCGGUACUCUGAACAAGACUGUGCUCUCACAUUGUCUGUUGAAGAAGGGUGUGGCCGAGCAGUUUACUAAUAUCUUGAAGGUCCUGUACACAAACACGCCAGGCAGAGUGGUAGAAUACGAACACCUCUCCUUAUCGUUGCAUUCAAGUAGUGGGAUUAGACAAGAUUGCUCAAUCUCACAAUUCCUCUUCCACUUUACCGUCGAUGACGUUCUAGAGACAGCUCUGAUAGAAGUGAUGGCGUGUAUCUGUUACUUGGAGGAGGAACCUUUGAUGUUGAGUAUGAGGAUGAUGUUGUUCUACUGUUCGAUGCGGCUGAAGCCAUGCAAUCCUCACUUAAUCGGUUGGCAAUGAGUGUCCAUAGGUAUGGAAUGUGCCUAGCAGCUUCUCAGUUCAAAGCACCUUUGCAAGACUGACAGGAGUAUGUCUGCACUCACUGUUGGUAGUGAGCGGUUAGAGGUAGUAGAUAAGUUCAUGUAUCUGGCUAGUUGUAUAAGUGUUGGUGGUGGAGUGAGUGAUUAGAUCAAUUUAUGUAUAGUGAAAACCAGAAGGGUCAUGUUAAUCGGAAUAAUCUUUUGUCCUUCGUGAUGUUAGUCUAACUGUUAACGUCGGAUUUGUGAUGCGUCAGUGAAAGAAGUUCGGCCCUGUGCUCGUAAAGCUUCAAACAUCAUUGGAUCGUCCAUGACUCAAAUGUACAACCUAGUGAUUGAAAUUCAAUUGCCUUAAUCAUUUUCAUGAUAAAUAAUGUACACACUGUGCUAACCCGAGAUUUUUUGAAAAUUAUUCAUAUAAACUGUAAUAUUGUUCACUCACAAAUAAACUGUUGACUACCCUUAAUAACAAGGUUAAAAACAAACUUACCUAUAAAGUAAUACUGCUGUCUAAUCGCUAGAGGUAUGAAAUAAUUGGACCAAAUAAUGAAAAAUAACGUUGUGUUCACGAGUUGGUUUGGAUUCUGUUUAAUUGGUAUUUUGAUUUUUUUCACCAAAUGUCCCAGUUUUGGUUCCAUAAGUGUAAUUUUUAGAAUUAUUUGCUUAACUAUUUCAGUAUAACUACGGUAAUAGAAUUAUUUGGAAGGUAAUACCCAUUUUACACUUAUCAUUUGACCAGCAAGUUGAUCCGAGAUUAUGCCUUAUAGUGAUUCCCGCUUUCUACCUGGUGAUUACUUUUUAACCUACUGUUUUAUAUUUUUCUUCAUUAUUCUCAUGUAGUACCAAAAUUCUCAUUGUUUCAUUUAUUCCGUUGGUUAUAAUCCUAUUUUUCUGAGAAUGUUCAAAAUUUCAACAGUAUAAAAUUCAAAGUUCACUUGUUCUGACCGAUAUUUUGUUUAGUGUUUGGUGUCAGGUCUCUAAGAGAUUUACGAAUCGACAUUUCACAUCGUUUAACCAUCAAGUUGUACACAUCAGUUAUGCAUAUUUAAUUACUUUUUAUUUGGAGGUUAUUCCUCGUUUGAUCUCAGCCGUUAUAUAAAAUUUAUAAACAAUUAUUUAAUAUUCAUUUAUCGUAGUUAUUUGUCUAUUUAGAUAGUGUCAUUAACAAUAAUACUUUCACAUCACCUUCCUUUAGAUGCCUGCAUUGAAUGGAUAGUUUUUAAUUCAUAUCAACUUAUAAAUUUACUGGAUGGUUUCAUCUCUUUCAGUUAAAUGAUAAUUAUUCACUGUAGUAAAAGAACUCAACCAUCCUAUUAAAAUAUUUAUCAAAACCUGAAGUAUGCAGCGAAUAUUGUUUAUCGUACACCUUCCAUUUACAAAAUAAUUACUAAUGUCAUUGUUUAAAACUUGUGACAUUUGGUCAUCACAGCUGCACACAACAAAUUUUGAGGACGGAUUUUGCUUGAAGUUAAGUCCUCUUCACAAUUUGCAUAAAUCUCAAUAUUUCAUCUUAUUUGGAACUUCCUCUGGUAUUUUGUCCAUUUUUCUACCUCGAGCUGCUGAAAUUUCAGUUAAUGAAAAAUCAGACGAUCAAUUACAUAAUUAUAAUGAUUUGUGCAUUGAAUACAAUACCGAGCAUUCUAUUUUAUGUAUAGAUUGUGGUAAUCUUGUCACGGAAAUGUGUCAGUAUCAACAGAUAGCGAUUCUGCAUUCACGAAUGAUAGCUGUUUAUGAUUUCGCGAAGUCUGAUGAUUCGUUUCAAGGCUAUAGUGAUACUUUUACACUAGAAUCCUGGAAGUUAACACUUUCAUUCAAACUUAACGUUCAAAAGGACUCAUACACAUUGCUUCUUGGCAAAUUCUUUGAACAAAUUCAAACAGACGUCAUUUGUGUUCAAACGGUUGACUCAUCUCUUUACUUUUUCAAUGCAAAUGGAGAAUUAUUUCAAAUAACGUUACCAAAUAUUCUAAUACCUGGUCCUAUAAUAUUUGUAAAAUCCAUCCAUUCAUUAAUAACAGCUGCUUCAAUAAAAUUAUAUUGUUUUAGUUUUCUGUCUUCGAAUAUCAAACACUCGCAAACAUUGUAUGCUAAUCACAAAAAUAUUUCAUUAGACUGGUCGAUUGUUUUAGGGGAACCUAUAUUGUGCAUGGAUGAAAUUGACUCAGAAUUUACAACUAGUAAACACUAUCCCUUAUCGUAUGUAGUUGCAUUAGGUAGAAAACGAAUUUUCCUUAUCUCAGAAACUGGCUCCUUAUUGUUUACUCGGCGUAUUGAGAUUCCAUCCAGACAACUAUGUGUAUAUGGUUAUUCAGAAGUAAAUGUUAAUUCACUGGAAAACUUAUUGUUCACUAAUGCACAAAGUCAAGUUUCUUGGGUGCCAAGGUUUCUGGUAACAACAGAGAAAAAUCAGCUACUUGUAUUUAAAGGUGCCCAACUCUUGUGGUCCGCAUUGUUAUCAUUUGGUGCAAUUCAUAUUUCUAUGCCUAUAUUCACAAUGGAGUUAAGUAAAUGUUACGGUAAAACACUUCCAUUUAUUGGACUAAAUUUUUCAUCUGGUUUAAUUGUUGUACUUCAUAGAAAUGGACGAAUUACUUUGUCAUAUCUUGGCACUGAUCCAUCUAAUUUAGUUGUCCCAAAUAUCAUGAAAUCAAGUCAAAAUGAUUACAAUUAUUCGAAUGAAAUAGAUCCUAAUCAAUCACAAUUGAACAAUAAAAGUUUAGAUGAAGAAACGCAUCAAGUAAAUGAACGUAUUGAUCAGCUAAUAAAAGUUCAUUCAUCUUUAUUAUUCUCUAGUAAUAAUCGUAAAAAAACUCAUCCUGAAAAAGAUUCUCUCCCAAAAUUGAAAACAUCUAUUCGUUUAAAUUCAAAUCGAUUGAAUAUAGAUGAGAAUGAAUUAUGCUAUAUUGAUAUUGAUAUUGAAUUUCCAAAAGCAUAUCCCAUAAAACAAUUUAAUUCUGUUUAUCUAUUAAUUCAUUCUUGUUCACCAAUUAUAAUAAAACCUAAUUAUAUAGAAAUCUUUUCUAAUGAAUUAAAUAAUCAUAAUUUUGUUUUAGUCAAUCAUAAUAAUACAUAUAAGUAUUCAUAUACAUUAACAUGUUAUAAUGUGAAUAAGUUUAUUGAUGGAGAAAAUGGGACAUCAUUAAUAAUUGAUCAACUUCCAUUAGAUAUGAAUGUUGUUUUAAUGUUGUAUUACACAUUUACUCCCUUGAACAAUGAGAACAAUAACAAUAAUAGUAAUGAAAAAAUUAAUUGCCCCACUGAUAAUUCAAUGUCUUUUAAUUCUCAUUCAAUUACAAAAUGUGUUACUCAUUGUAUCAAGCUCCCAUUAAUCUUGUUUGCUUCUAGCACAUUUGUACAUAAGAAUCAAAUCACUGGGAAAUUUUCUUUGGUUUUUCAACUGGUAACAAAGUUUCAUAAUCAUUUAAAAAAUGUAUAUUUAUCAAACCUAUUUCCAAAUUUCUUACCUAAAAAUGAUGCUACUUGUUUUAAUGAAAGUAGUCUAAAUAAUUCCAUCAUAUGUGUAUCAUUUUGUGGUUUAAAACAAAUGAAUAAUGAUGAUAAACAAUGUGUAUACAUUUCAGUUAAAUACAAUAAAAAAUUCAAAUUGAAACUACAAAGUAAUCAUCCUGAAACAUUUUGGCCAAUUUUACAAGAGCUCAUUUUUCAUAAUAAUCUUAUUGGGAAACGUAAAACGAAUAGUGAUGCAAAUAAUCUUUACAUUGUCUUGUAUACGAAGAAUGCUAGAAAACUUAUGAAUGAUGGUACUGUACCUCCGAAAUCACUGUCGCCAUUAAAUUUUGAUAAUUAUGCUUCUCAACUUGAAACAUUGUUCAGUAAAUUAUAUGAAUCUUUAGAUGAUCAUGUCAAUAAACGCUUAGAACUAGAUAACCAAAUUAGUAAGCUUACUGUGCAAUCUAGACAUUAUCGUGCUGUCCAACGAGAAGUUGUUGAAAGAAUAAAAAAUAGCCAGCCUAAAUGUUUAAAUGGAUUUAAUGAAUUGUUAGAAAGAGAUAUGACUAAUUUAAUGACUACUUGUGAUUUACUUGACCUGUUAACACAACAAUACUUUCAAUCCGGUUAUUCUGUAAUAUCAUUAAUUAUUCUAUUGAGUUUUAUUUGUUUAUUUUGCAUGCAAUCGUCAUCCUCCUCUUCUCCAUCGUCAUUUGACUUUUCUGAAUUUGAAACUGAAUUAAUGCUAUUCAAACCAGCACAUUUGCUGACUAUGCUACACUCAACAGUGUUAUUAGAAAAUAUUCGAAGUACAGAAUUCCCUGAAUCAAUUUUAUCCACUGAAUCUCAUGGAAAUAAUCUUCAUCAUGUUGAUUUUAAACAAUAUCUACAGGCCGAAAUAAAUUACUAUUCAGAAAUCAUUCAAUCCAAUCACAUUGAUCCAAACAAACAAUAUGAUUCAUUCACUAAUUAUCAAGAUCCUUUAAAAAAUUAUAAUCGAUUAUUGACGCCUAAAUAUAUUUAUGAACAAUUCUACCAACUUUGUAAACAAUUUAUGUCUUACGAUCAUAAUGAAAUUACACGUUUAAUUAGUUUGCUUAAUCAGUGAAUAACUCUGUUUUUU